AUAAAUUAACGAAUCAAUGUGGUAUAAUAUUUGUGUGUGUAUGAUUAAGUAAAACUAACCACAUAGAAAAAUAAUAAUAUAAGCUAUUCAUACAAUAAGAAUACAAACUUUAUAAUUUGAGACUAUUUUAUAACAGUCUGUAUGCUUAGUUAUGUUUUAUAAUAUUUAGUACACUCAACAAAAACUAUCUUUAAUUUUAUUGUUAGUGGAACUGAAACAUCAAUAAUUGUGAACAAUAACGUUUUAAGAAGAUUUAAAAUGAGUCACAUUCCUUAUGCGAAAGUUCCAAUAAUACAUCAGGGCUUAAGACAAGAAGAGACUAUUGUGCAGAUAACUGUAGCAUUGGACUACUUGGAGAAAGUUUCACAUGGCAUUUUUGAACAUAUAAAAACAUCUGUGGAGAAUCAAAAAUCUCAUCUUGCAAGACUUAGAGAAAGAAGCAAAACUGUUCAAGCAAAGAUGAAUAAACUUGCUGGUACCAACAAAGCUACAAAGGUGUUUGCCAGUGCAAAGUACCCUGGGAGUGAUGUUCCUAGGGACUAUGUAAGUGCUCUACUCUCCAAUCCUCUGCCUCCCAUUGAUCGUGCAGUUGUGCGCAUCACCAGCAAGCAUCCUCCAUACGAUCCCAAUUGUCUAAAAGAGAAAACCCAGCAUGUUCACAUCAAAAUGAGCAGUAGACAAGUUAGGAAGAAUGUUGAAGUGACUCCUGAAGAAGGUUUGGGCAGCUUACCGAGUGAUUUAGAUUCUGUCAGUGCAUUGAUUUUGUUCAACACGUCUGAAAACUUGUACAAGAAGUAUGUAAUGUUGGAUCCACUGGGGCUAGUGACCAAGACCAGACAGAUCAUAGAAGAUGAAGUAAAGGGUGACUUGGAUGCUGCUCCUCGCUCCAUGUGUCAAGAGAUGGUUAAUUUCAAGCCAGGAGAGAACUAUUUCUAUUCUCCAACUUUACAGGAGGUUCCACAGCUAGAUGUACCACUAGACUUGCCGGACCUCCCAGGAAUUGCUGGAGACUUGCAGUUCUCAAUGGACUCAGGACCACCUAUUGCUCCAUCUGGGUCCACUCCUAUCCCAGAUCUGCCAGUUGUUUUCACAGAGACGCCUUCAGAAACCAUCCUUCCCACUCCCCCUCCUCCUCCACCAGUUGCUUCACCUCCUGCUCCCCUUCCUGUACACAGCACCCCUCCUCCGCCUCCACCACCACCACCUCCCUCAGAGAUACCUCCACCACCAGCAAUCUCCCAGUCUACUUCUCCUCCACAGUCAGCGGAUGUGCUAACACCAAGUCAAACAACAAAUAAUGCAAUCACAAGAGGUGAUGAUGCCAGGGCUAAUUUGAUGGAAGCAAUCCGCAAUGCUGGCGGCAAGGGUAAGGCAAAAUUACGCUCUGUCGUUGACCGCAAACAAGAGGCUAAACGGAUCAAACAGGAGGAGGAUAUUAUACAUAAGAGUUCUGGUGGAAACUUGAUGGCAGACCUUCACGCCAAACUUUCAUUGAGGAGAAAGGGAAUCUCUGGGUCUCAACCGGGAACAGCUGACCCUCUGGAGAAGAUGUUAGCAAUGAUCCCUCCUCCCCCUGUCAAAGAAUCAGACACAGAUGAACAAGAUGAUGCUGACUGGGAAGAUUAGCUUCAUAGAUCGAGGUACUGCAACCAACAUUUCAUCCCAUCUUUCAAUGAAACAGUUUUACUGGAAUUACUUGCUCAAAUUUUCUUGUAAAUAAAAAUAAUACACUUAACAAUACAUACAUAAUAUAAUACACUUCAAAUGAUUAUUGAUUGUAUUUCAAUUGUGGUAUUUAUGCACAUAUUUAAGUUUAUAAAUGUUUACAAAAUUUCACUAAUUUCGUUAGUUUAUGGUAAAAAAUAUAAUGUAAAAAUUUCUAGCUGUAAACAAACUCUUAUUGAUACUCAAUUUUAUUCAAUUUAUCUAACAGUAGUAUUCAGAGUUACAAAGUCCACAUACUUUUCGGUAGGGGAAAAUUUAAAAUUGAACAAUUAUAAUGAAAAUCAUUAAAAUAUUGACAAUUAUAAUUUAAUAUUUAUAACAAGCUAUGUUAACUGUAAAAUCUAAUUCAGCUAAUACAGAAAACUUUCGGUACUACAAAGCUUAAAUUUUUCUUCUGUAAGGGCGGAUUUAAAAGUAAUUAAGAUGAUUCAAAUAUACAUAUUCAAAAUUUAGUAAUUAUAAGAAGUAAUAUAAACCGUGAAUACUAAUUCAGCAAAUAAAGAGAAAAGGUGCUGAUGAAUGUAAACCUCUGCCAUAUUGAUUAUACGCUCCCUGAAAAUGAUGCAUAAACACUCGUGAGCUAUUCUGCCAUCAGCUGAUUUCAUUGCUUUUCUCUCUGCUGCAGCCAAUAAUUAACUUCUUUGCAUGUGUCCCUUUGGUCUGUAAUUAUAUGUGUUUCUCUAUAAAAUAGUUUGAACAUUUAGAAUAUUUUUUUACUCUUUAUGUUUAAACAAAAUUAUAUUUUUGGAGAUACAUAUUUGCUUAUACUUGAUUUACUUAUAUCACACAGAUUGAUAAAAUUGAGACAGGCACAGGUCAGAGUUAAUACCUAACAAAGCUAAUGUGUUAAUGUAAUGGUGUUUGCCAGUCUAAUGGAAUAGUGUAGCAUUUCCCACUAUGCUGAAUAUAAAUUUGCUUGACAAUAUUUAGUACACAAUUUUGUGCAGUGGAAUUUCAAGGCAAGACCUGUUUAAAAAUAUGUGACUAUUUCUACAUAUUGAUUACACCAUAUACCUAUUUUAAAUAAGAUAAUUAAUAUACAAAAUGAAAGGAAUUACCUAUGAAUAAUGGCAUCAACAUGAUCUCUGGUCCACUAUUAACUUUGCCCACAACUGGCUACUGUAAGUGGGGAUUGAUUCAAUAACUGUUUAAUUUGGUUGAUCAAAAACAGAGUGAAAAAUUCAUUGUUUCAUGAGUGUACUUGGUUUAAUGUAUUAUGAAAGAUUUAGGGAAAAAAAGUUAAUACUGUUAUUUACAUAUUUUAAUGGCUUCGAGAAUAGUUUAAUACAAUAAUACUUAAGUAUUGAAUAUGAGAUUACAUAUAUUAUGAUUUAUAACAGCUUAACAUUUUUAAAGAUAAUAAUAAGUGAGUCUAUCUGUAAAUACUAGACAGUAACGUAUCCCACAGAAAUAUGAAAAGCUGAAGUUGUUUAACUUAUAUUUAAAAAUGACUGAGGAUCAUCCAGAAAUUGAAGUAACUUUUUUACAAUAUACCAUUCACAGAGAUUACUUAGUCACAUACAGGUUAAAAGGUAAGAGACCUUUGUGUUCAUGAAAAUAGAUACAUCGUGUGAGUGUUGAGUUCAGCUCCAGGUCACCUUCUUCUUAGUGCAGUGUCUUAAAUGUGACGCUGUCACAAACUUGACUCCUGGAAUCUGGUAGUCAUGUUCUUCUGAAGAGAUCCAAAAAAAGUCAGUGACAAAGAAGCUAAAAAUGAACUCUACAUUAUUUCCACGUUAGAGACACUUAGACUACAAAAUAUGAUAUGAAGAAUGUAAUGUAGAUGAAGAGGAAUGUCUGGAAUUUCUUGAGUGUUCACACUUAAUUCUGGUUUAUUUUUACCUUAUUGUUACCUGCAUUCACAUGGGUUAUAUUUGACUGUCUAGUCAGUGAACAUCUUUAUCAAACCACCUGUGUUUUAUUUUUUUAAUUAUGUAUUAAUUGUCCUAAUUUUUUGCUGUAAUAACAAAAUUGACAUUAUAGUAAAGAAACUCACUAGAGGGCACUCUUGCAACCAUGUGUUAUGUGUCAGAAAUCAAGUGUUUUUGCUCAUAAAACUAAAAUUAAGUAAUAUUUUCAUCUGCAUAAUCAGUAUUCUAGGAGCCAGUAAAUACAACCUCCCCCCUACCACCAAUAUAAACUGAGUGUUUCCACCAGGCUGUGUUCUGCCAGGAAUGGCUCCCACCCACAGAUAUUUACUAUCUAAACAAAUUUUAGAACUACUACCUUGUGAGAAAUAUCAUUCAAAUACCGGUAGAGCUUUGUCUUGCUAUUUGGGCCGCUCAAAUUGGCGUGGACAGUUGAUAUAUAUAUAUAUAUAAUAACUACAAGGUCUGAUUACCAAGUGUACAUUUAAUGUUAGUUUGAACUGUAAAGAGACUAAAGAUUUUUUCCAUUUGUGUUAUUUCAAUUCAUAAAUUCUGUCUUUUAAUCUAAGAUUUAAUUUGUCUUAUAUUUCUUACUGGAGUAUAAUAAAGAUGUUUGUAAUAUGA